GUUGCCGUACGAGCGUUAAUUUGCUGGCGUCGUUUAGUAUUUCUGUUGAAGAGAAUUUUUGACUUCACAGCAGUGAUUGAAAAGUGAAUUUCUUUCGCAGGCAGAGAUCUAAAUACUCUACCAUCGCAACAUACCUCCCCACGAGGUGUUAGUACCUGCGCAGAUUGUGCAGCAGAAUAAUGGAAGAAGUAGACGAAGCAGAAAAAGAAGCUAGCGAAGUUCUACAUUCACUUCUCUCCGUUGAACGAAUAGAGAAACAGCCACCCACAACGGAAGAUGGAAAUCAGGUGAUCAUUAUUUCGGCCAGUGACUCUACAUCUUCUGUGCAGACUGAAACAUCAUCUCCUCAAAACCAAAACAACCAAAUUACUGGUGGAAUGGUUCAGUGGCAUACACCAGUGACUGGACAACAUGCUGUCUUUGCAAGUAUUGUGGAUAACAACCAACAGUUUGGUAGCAACGUAAAUAGUGAACAAGUGCUGUGGCAGACAGAUGGUAUACAGUUGUGGCAAGGUUCCCACCAAACAACAGCAAUUUGUAUACCUAAUGUUGAAACAUCAAAUGUGGCAGAACAAGAAACUUUUACCAGUGCCACCUCAGAAAGGCCUGAAGCAGCACUAAAAGUGAAGAAAAAAAUGACUUUAAUGAAGACAGCAGAUUCGAGGACAAAUACUAAGUCAAAAACACCUCAGAAAUCUAAACAAAAAGUCAGAGACUCAAGUGAUAUGGACCCAACUCAGUUGGAGGAAAAUGCACAACAAGUGAAAGAAAGAUUUGAGAAAGGCUGUGAGUGCCAAGAAGAAAACUGUUUCAAAGGACUUAGUCCUGAGUAUGUAUAUCGACACAGGCUGAAUAUAGCAGAGCUAACCAAAGGUGAACAUGACAUGUACCUUAUGGGUGUUACAAUGGCUGUGCUUACUAAUCCGGAAGAGACUGUUAGACACAAAGAGAGACAACGAUUGCGUGCCCAGUAUGCAUUUCAGGGCCGCCGAGUUUGCUUGGCCGCUUUCUUAUAUCUGGAAAACUGUACUCAUUACCAGUUGAAGAGAAUCCGGAAACAUGUUAUGGUACAUGGUGUAUCACCACGUGUUCAUGGAAACUGUGGAAAGAAGCCCCACAACACGUUUCCUCUUGACAGUUACCGUCAUGCGACAUCUUUCCUUCAACGUUUUAUUGAGAAACACACUCAAAGCUCAGCAGCCACUGUUAAUGGGUCAUCACCAGGUUCCGGGAUGAAGAGUAAGUCAAAGCCUGUAGGGAAAACAACGCCUUUAUACUUGCCCUCAGAAAUUACAAGAAAGACUAUUCAUAAUGCAUAUUGUCAAUAUUGUGAAAAUUAUGAUCCAUCAAUAAAAGUAAUGGGUUAUUCUACAUUUAGGCAUUUUAUGAAGGAACAGUUUCCACAUGUGAAAUUUUGCAAAACUGAAAGCAGUUGUAACAGAACAGCAGUAAACAAUCAGACACAGAAAUGUAAUGGAAGCAACUCUGUUCAGGUUGUGGACACACUUCCACAGCAAUGUAUAAAAUUGCCAAGUGAGUCUCUUACUGCACAGGUGCCUGAAAAUUGUCAAGAAACGCAAGCUACAUCUAUACUCCGUCAUGGCCAGUUAACUGCUAUUCCCAUCAUAUUCUCACAACCUGCUUCUCAGUCAGAAACAACACUCCCUGCAAAUGUUUCUCAAGAGCAAGCUUUUAUUGUAAAACCUAUUUUACAUGCAUCUCUGGAUGGAACACCAGUGUCAAUAAACAGUUCUGGGACAUUUACAUCGUAUCAGCUAGCUCCAGCACAUCCAACAUACACGACUCACCCACACAAUUCUCAGACAAUAGCUGUAGCCUCAAUAGAUGGUAAUACACAGGACACAUUUGCAUUUACUACAUUAUAAAAAAAAUAAAGUCAUCAAUCCUCGUGUUGCUUGGAACAACACAGUUGUUUGCUAGACAUGUUCCUGUUGAAUCAUUGGCCUUUCAAUUGAUGUAACCAGCCAGUUAUAGGGAGACCUACAUUUUAAUGUAGACUGUGAACUGCAGUGCAUCUUGGUAUUUCUCACAUUGAUAAACAUUGCCAGAUGUGAUAGACAUGAUAAUUUACAGAUAAAAAUUCUAGGACUGAGAGAGGGUUCAACCCAUGGCCAUUAUAUCUGUAGCCUGGCAUUUUACCACCAAGCCACAGAGAUGCAUGCACAAAUUAAGUUUGCAAAACUCAUAAGUUAAAUGUUGGUUAAGAAGUUAUCAUUUUUAGUGCAACAGCAUUGUACAAAAAGAAAUUACAUAUAUUAAUAUAUUACUUAAUGUCCUUCAAUUUUUGAAGGACAUGUAAAUUGUAUUUAUAAUUUCCUGAUGUGUAACUGUCAGAAUUAUUUCACAAGAACGGCACACUUUAUUAUAUUAGUAUAUAGUUCAAGAUCAGUAUUAACAUAAAUAAUUAUGUCCUUUCACUCCUACAGACAUGGUUUUUCUAAGUGUUAUUUAAGGGAAGCUUUUAAAUUAUGUUGUCAACAUCUUACUUUCAUUUGUUUCCCCAAAGAAUAGUUUAUAUGAAAGAGAUUGACAUCAAAAAUAAAUUUAAGAGUUAGUCUUUCAUGAAGAUUUUUGUCAGGGGGUUAGCCUCGUACAGAAGUGAAACAUGGACAAUAAACAGUUAUGAGAAAAGGAGAAAAGAUGAUCUCGAGAUACUGAAAAGAAUGCUGGAGACAAGAAGAGUAGCAUAGAAUACUGGCAGUGUGGUAUUGAAUCAAAUGUGAGUGAAAAUGAAAUUUAUGGAACAACUUGAUUGGACACGUCCUUAGGCAUCAAGGAUUUAUCAGUUUGGUACUGGAGGGAAGUUGGGUGGGAUGGGGGGGAUAGUGGAGGUAGUGGAAGGAGACAAAGGUUUGGCUACAAUAAACAGGUUCAAAUGGUUGUAGGUUGCAGUGGUUAUGUAGAGACAGAGGCUUGCAUGGAGUAGACUAGUGUUGAGAGCUAAAUAAAUCCCAAUAACAGCAAUUGCCGUACUUUUUUUUCUGUCAGUUGCAACCAAGUUAUGAAGAGUUUUAAUCUUUUGACCCCAUUAUAGGUCUUAUUACAUUCAGUGAAUUGUUGCUGCACAAACAAUAACAAGAGAAGAAAAUGUCCAUAUCUGUGACAAAAAGAAGAGUCCGUAUGUCAUAAUUAUUUUGUCAUUUUUCAUCAUUAAUGAGAAAAAAUAUUAGUCGAAUAUGAAGUGUAUGAAACGUUUAAUAUAAUGCUUGCCAGAGAUGGAAUGACAUUAGUAAUGGGUUUUUACAUGGUGAGAGGUUUAAUAAUGUGGUUCCUACCAUGAGGAGCCUUACUGAUGUGUUACUUUCAUUUAUUUUUGUAAUACAUUUGUUUGGAUAUUUUCUCCAUUUUAAAUGAUUACUUUAGUGUGUACAGACAUUAUUUUGUGGGCCAGAGAGAUAUGCUAAAUUACAUGCCACCAUUCAGUCUCUGUCUAGGAAACAAAUCUAAAGGAAAAGAAAGUCUUUGAUAAAUUUUGUAUGAACAGAUAACAUUCUUUAAUUGUGAGGGGAAAAAAUAAGGACAAUCUUCACAUUGUUAUUUUGUGUAGAUGCUCCACUUCUUAUAAUGCACACAGAAAAUAAAAUGGGAUUAAAUUAGGGAACAAUUAUUGACCUCAAUUGACAAGAGCAAGCUGUAUUGCAAAUGUUUGGUAUUGUUGAAGUAAGUGAAACAGUGUUGCAAUUCCUUAAAGCAUCACAUUAGUAAUGUCCUUCUCCUCUACUCGUGCUGUAAAAUAAUAUUGUGAUGGACAAUGUAGAUGUUGAACAGUUGCUUAAGAUUUUGAAACAUAAAUUAUUAUUCAACUGUAGGUAACGAUACUUUGCACCUGUGUCACUCUGAGGAAGAACACAACUUACAGUCCUCAAAAUCUUCCUUCAUCUGGAAAAGGCAUUCAUGCAAAUUGGGUGGUUUACAUCUUUACUGAGAAUUUAGUCUGCCCAGGAAGUGAGUAGCAUUGAAAUUUGUUGUGUGAAUAAUAAAAGUAAAACUGUGCAAAAAUGCUAGGCUCCUUUAACUAUAUGAAGAUGAUUCAAAUAAACAUAUACACCCCCCUUACACACACACACACACACACACACACACACACACACACACACACACACACACAAUAUUGAUUAUUUAUCUUCACUUUCAUCAAAGACACUAUCUUCUGACUGAAUGAACUGAAAAGUGUGAUAAUUUUCUAUGUAUACAAGUAUUCAGAUUUUUUCUAAUCCAUUGUGUGACUUUUGUUGCAACUUCAUAAGAAGUAUAGAGUACAAAUACGUUAUAGAAAUAUGAUGAUCUAGCUUUGUAGACAUUGAA